AUGAAGGAACGAUGUGAUGGAAAGAAUUCCUGUGCAGUAGAAGCAUUAAACAGUAUAUUUGGAGAUCCUUGUGUUGGAAUUAACAAAUACUUAACUGCUACCUGGGAGUGCCAUUCAGGGGAAGACAGCACGCCGGUGUACACGAAUCUGGCCCUGAAACAGGUUGCAGAGCAACAAGAUAAUUAUAGAGACUCUGCAAAAUCAUUUGCCUCGAACGCAGUAGAUGGGAACCGAAAUGGAAAUUAUGAGUCAAAGGAUCGGUCAGUUUCUCAUACGAAAUCAGAUAAUGGCUGGUGGAAAGUAACCCUAAAAGAGAGUUCUUCCAUUUCUUAUAUCGAUGUCUACAACCGGUUUGAUGGGGAAAAGGGUCAAGCAAGACUAAAAGAUGCUAACGUGACAUUGGAUGGGGAAUUAAUCGGGACUAUUCCACAAGUCUUUGGAAAACAAAAGUACACCAUACCGGUCAAUAAAGCUGGGAAAGAGGUAAAGAUAAAGGCAGUUUCUGGUGGAAAACUUCAUCUUGCUGAGGUGGAGGUAUACAGCUUGUCAGAUACAACAAUUGAUAUAUCGGUGCAAAACCAAGAGGUAAUUCGGGGCUCUAGCACAAUAAUCUCUUGUGUAGUGACAGGUAACCUACAAGCCAUCAAGAUAACCUGGAGAACUGAUAAAGGUAUAGUUGGUAGUGAUAAUGGUAUCACUGUCAACACAGAGCUAAACAGACAUCCACAAACAUCCACUCUUGCAAUAAAGUCCAUUCAACACGAUGAGACAUUCACCUGUGAAGUUAAUCCAACUGAUGAUAAGCAAGCUCUGAGGGAAGUGACCGUCUUUGUUUACAACGUUAGUUCAAUGAACAAAGAAAUGAAAAAGGGUUCUGCCUCAACGAUAUCCUGUGUUAUCACUGGAAUAACGGAAACAGCAACAGUGACCUGGCGAACUAGUACAGGACCAGUUCCAGCUGAAAAGUUCACCUCUGUUCAAGGAAGCAACUCCGGAGGGACUCAGACAUCAACUCUUGCUGUUGAGGGAACUCUUGUGAAUGAAGAUACUGCCUACACUUGUAGAGUCACUUCCAUCUCUUUACCUGAUUCCAGCCACUCGGAUACUACCGUCAAUCUUAACGUAUACGACGUUGAAUCUGUAAACAAAGAAGUGAAGAAGGGCUCAGAUACAACCAUAUCCUGUGUUAUCACUGGAUUGACAGAAACAGCAACAGUGACCUGGCGAACUCGUACUGGACUAGUUCAAGAUGAAAAGUUCACCCCUGUUCAAGAAAGCCACUCCGGAGGGACUCAGACAUCAACUCUUGCUGUUGAGGGAACUUUAGUGAAUGAAAAUACUGCCUACACUUGCAGAGUCACUACCGGAUCUUUACCUGAUUCCAGCCACUCGGAUAGCACCGUCAAUCUUAACGUUUACGACGUUGAAUCAGUACACAAAGAUGUGAAGAAGGGCUCAGAUACAACUAUAUCCUGUGUUAUCACUGGAUUGACAGAAACAGCAACAGUGACCUGGCGAACUAGUACUGGACCAGUUCCAGCUGAAAAGUUCACCCAUGUUCAUGGAAGCCAAUCCGGAGGGACUCAGACAUCAACUCUUGCUGUUGACGGAACUCUUGUGAAUGAAAAUACUGCCUACACUUGCAGAGUCACUACCGGAUCUUUACCUGAUUCCAGCCACUCGGAUAGCACCGUCAAUCUUAACGUAUACGACGUUGAAUCAGUACACAAAGAUGUGAAGAUGGGCUCAGAUACAACUAUAUCCUGUGUUAUCACUGGAUUGACAGAAACAGCAACAGUGACCUGGCGAACUAGUACUGGACCAGUUCCAGCUGAAAAGUUCACCCAUGUUCAAGGAAGCCAAUCCGGAGGGACUCAGACAUCAACUCUUGCUGUUGACGGAACUCUUGUGAAUAAAGAUACUGCCUACACUUGCAGAGUCACUUCCGGAUCUUUACCUGAUUCCAGCCACUCGGAUACCACCGUCAAUCUUAACGUAUACGAUGUUGAAUCAGUACACAAAGAUGUGAAGAAGGGCUCAGAUACAACUAUAUCCUGUGUUAUCACUGGAUUGACAGAAACAGCAACAGUGACCUGGCGAACUAGUACUGGACCAGUUCCAGCUGAAAAGUUCACCCAUGUUCAAGGAAGCCAAUCCGGAGGGACUCAGACAUCAACUCUUGCUGUUGACGGAACUCUUGUGAAUAAAGAUACUGCCUACACUUGCAGAGUCACUUCCGGAUCUUUACCUGAUUCCAGCCACUCGGAUACCACCGUCAAUCUUAACGUAUACGACGUUGAAUCAGUACACAAAGAUGUGAAGAAGGGCUCAGAUACAACUAUAUCCUGUGUUAUCACUGGAUUGACAGAAACAGCAACAGUGACCUGGCGAACUAGUACUGGACCAGUUCCAGCUGAAAAGUUCACCCAUGUUCAAGGAAGCCAAUCCGGAGGGACUCAGACAUCAACUCUUGCUGUUGACGGAAUUCUUGUGAAUGAAAAUACUGCCUACACUUGCAGAGUCACUACCGGAUCUUUACCUGAUUCCAGCCACUCGGAUAGCACCGUCAAUCUUAACGUAUACGACGUUGAAUCAGUACACAAAGAUGUGAAGAAGGGCUCAGAUACAACUAUAUCCUGUGUUAUCACUGGAUUGACAGAAACAGCAACAGUGACCUGGCGAACUAGUACUGGACCAGUUCCAGCUGAAAAGUUCACCCAUGUUCAAGGAAGCCAAUCCGGAGGGACUCAGACAUCAACUCUUGCUGUUGACGGAAUUCUUGUGAAUGAAAAUACUGCCUACACUUGCAGAGUCACUACCGGAUCUUUACCUGAUUCCAGCCACUCGGAUAGCACCGUCAAUCUUAACGUAUACGGUAUUUAG